AGUUUCAAUAGAUGUGGCAACUUUGUACGCGUCUACGAUUUGUUUUAUGAAAAGGUCGUCGAUGACUUUGCGAUUAUACAAAAUUACAAAGAAAAAGUGUUAUCCUCGUUCACGCUACUAUAUAAAUACAUUUUUGUGAUAAAUAUACACAAUGGCCGGUGCAAUGUUAUUUGAGAGAUCACGAGUCGCAUCAUCGAACAGGGACGACGACGUCCGCAUGACCGACAAAAUGGUAAGUACUGGAGAACUCCCUGAAGAUGAUGAAGAAAAUAUAAGGGCUAAAGAACAAGGUAUCUUAAAUCUCGGCGAGAAAUACAAGAAAGAAGGAAAAGCGAAGGAGCUGGCUGAUCUGAUAAAAGCUACGAGACCUUUCCUAAGUUUGAUAAGCAAGGCUAAGGCAGCAAAGCUGGUACGUUCUUUAGUGGAUUUCUUUUUGGAUUUAGAAGCUGGCAUUGGAAUCGAGGUUCAGUUGUGUAAAGAAUGUAUAGAAUGGGCCAAGGAAGAACGACGUACAUUCUUACGACAAUCCCUAGAGGCGAGAUUGAUUGCUCUAUAUUUUGAUACUGGUAUGUACACUGAAGCUCUAGACCUUGCAACUGCCCUACUCAAAGAACUGAAAAAGUUAGAUGAUAAAAAUUUGUUGGUUGAAGUGUUACUAUUGGAAAGCAAAACCUAUCAUGCUCUCAGCAACUUACCAAAAGCUCGUGCUUCUCUCACAUCAGCUAGAACAACAGCUAAUGCUAUAUAUUGUCCUCCCAAAAUGCAAGCAGCAUUAGAUUUACAAUCAGGUAUCCUGCAUGCUGCAGAUGAGCGUGAUUUCAAAACUGCUUACUCAUACUUUUAUGAAGCAUUUGAAGGGUAUGAUGGAGCUGACAGUCCAAAAGCUUUGACUGCACUCAAGUAUAUGUUAUUGUCUAAAAUUAUGCUGAGUCAGGCUGAAGAGGUUGCAAUAGUUUGUGGUAGUAAAACUGCCCUUAAAUAUGCUGGUAAAGAGUUGGAAGCCAUGAGAGCUGUUGCAACAGCUUCUCACAAGAGAUCCCUUGCAGAUUUCCAGGCGGCUUUGAAAACAUAUAAACCUGAGUUGGAAGAAGAUGCAGUAGUUCGUGCACAUCUUGGUGCUCUAUAUGACACUAUGUUAGAACAGAAUUUAUGCCGUAUUGUUGAACCUUACAUGAGGGUACAAGUUGAUCAUGUUGCACGCUCUAUUCGUCUACCUGUUGUGCAAGUGGAGAAGAAGUUGUCUCAAAUGAUACUUGAUAAGAAACUAAAUGGAAUCCUAGAUCAGGGUGAGGGUGUUUUAAUUGUUUUUGAUGAGUCACCACUUGACAAGACUUAUGAAACAGUAUUGGAAACAAUCCACCACAUGAGCAAAGUUGUUGAUACUCUUUAUCAGAAAGCUAAGAAGUUAUCAUAGGCCGAGGUAAAUCUGUAGCAUUAAAGUUUUAUUAUAUCAAAGAAAAAACUUAAAUUGUCAGUUGAAAUGAUUGUAAAUGCUAUUUUUUAACAUGCUAAAGUUUUUCAUUUUAAAUAACAGAUUAUAAACUAAUCAUAGUAAAACCGACCCUUUAUUUACUGUUGGAAAUGGAUGUUUAAUGAACUAAUAAUGCAUCAUUAUAUUACUUAUUUCUUUCUAACUUAAGCUAGUGAAAAAUUAUAAUAUUCUGUUUAAUUGAGAAAUAAACGUGUUCUCUAGA